ACUUCCUUGUUCACGGGAUUGCUUCCGUGAAAACAGUUGUGUUCACAUUUCUAUCAAUUAUUAACAUUGUACUGUAAAUGUGGCAGCUGUUUAUUUUUGAUAAAUCAAUAAUCGUGAGGAAAUGAAUUAGCUCGACGAAGUCCGUACGGUGUUGAUCGUCCGCGACUGUAUGAAGGCGGGUGACUCCGGGAAAUCGGAACGGCAUGUGCACGUCGGCGAAGCACGGCUCCCGGGGCCCGGCUCUGAUCCCGCGGAUGAAGACUAAGCACCGGGUCUACUACAUCGCCCUCUUUUCCGUGGUCCUCCUGGGCCUCGUCGCCACCGGCGUCUUCCAGUUCUGGCCCCACUCCAUCGAGUCCACGGCGGACUGGGGCGUGGAGCGGCGCAGCGUGCGCGACGCGCCCCUGACGCGGCUGCCCGCGUCCGGGCCCAUCCCCGAGAGGGGUGACCUCAGCUGCCGCAUGCACACGUGCUUUGACGUGUACCGCUGCGGCUACAACCCCAAAAAUCGCAUCAAGGUGUACGUGUACCCCCUUCAGCGCUACGUGGACGAGGUGGGCAUGCCCAUCAGCAGUACAGGUCUGUCACGCGAGUACAACGACCUGCUGAGUGCCAUAUCUGAAAGCGACUUCUACACCGAUGACAUCACCCACGCCUGCCUCUUCAUCCCCUCCAUCGACUUGCUCAACCAGAACUCGCUGCGCAUCCGUGAGACUGCCCAAGCGCUGGCCAUGUUGCCCAGAUGGGAGCGGGGGGCAAACCACUUGCUGUUUAACAUGUUACCCGGUGGCCCUCCUGACUACAACACCGCUCUGGAUGUGCCCAGGGACAGGGCGCUCCUGGCUGGGGGAGGGUUCUCUACGUGGACCUACCGACAGGGCUAUGACGUCAGCAUCCCCGUGUACAGCCCCCUGUCGGCCGAGGUCGACCUGCCGGAGAUAACGCCCGGGCCUCGGCGGUACUUCAUCCUGUCCUCGCAGACGGCCAUCCACCAGGAGUACCGGGCGGAGCUGGAGCGGCUGAAGACGGAGAACGGAGAGGCGGUGCUCCUCCUGGACAAGUGCAGCAACCUCUCCCAGGGCAUGGGCUCCGCCAGGAAGCGCUGCCACAGGGGCCAGGUGUUCGACUACCCGCAGGUCCUGCAGGAGUCCUCGUUCUGCGUGGUGCUGCGGGGGGCGCGGCUCGGACAGGCCGCUCUCAGCGACGUGCUGCAGGCCGGCUGCGUCCCCGUCGUCGUGGCCGACUCCUACAUCCUGCCCUUCUCCGAGGUCCUGGACUGGAAGAGGGCAUCGGUGGUCAUCCCUGAGGACAAGCUACCAGAGAUGUUCUCCAUCCUGAAGAGCAUCCCACACAGACAGGUGGAGGAGAUGCAGAGACAGGCCCGCUGGUUCUGGGACGCCUACUUCCGCUCCAUGAAGGCCAUCGGCAUGACGACGCUGCAGAUAAUCAAUGACCGCAUCUACCCGUACGCCGCCCGGACCUACGAGCAGUGGAACAACCCGCCCGCGGUGAAGUGGUCAAGUGUGAACAACCCCCUCUUCCUGCCGCUCAUCCCCCCGCGGUCACAAGGCUUCACGGCCGUGGUGCUGACCUACGACCGCAUCGAGAGUCUCUUCCGCGUCAUCACCGAGAUCUCCAAGGUACCCAGCCUGGCCAAGCUGCUGGUGGUGUGGAACAACCAGAACAAGGGCCCGCCGGAAGAGACGGUGUGGCCCAAGGUCACUGUUCCCCUCAAGGUCGUCCGGACCAAGGAGAACAAGCUUAGCAACCGUUUCUUCCCCUACGACGAGAUUGAGACGGAGGCUGUGCUGGCCAUCGAUGAUGACAUCAUCAUGCUGACCUCUGAUGAGCUGCAGUUUGGAUAUGAGGUGUGGCGGGAAUUCCCGGACAGGCUGGUGGGCUACCCUGGCCGGCUGCACCUGUGGGACCACGAGAUGAGCAAGUGGAAGUACGAGUCGGAGUGGACCAACGAGGUGUCCAUGGUGCUGACCGGAGCAGCCUUCUACCAUAAGUACUUUAACUACUUGUACACAUACAAGAUGCCGGGCGAUAUCAAGAACUGGGUAGACGCCCACAUGAACUGUGAAGACAUCGCCAUGAACUUCCUGGUUGCCAACAUCACAGGAAAGGCCCCCAUCAAGGUGACCCCGAGGAAGAAGUUCAAGUGCCCUGAGUGCACGGCCAUAGAUGGACUGUCCCUGGACCAGACGCAUAUGGUGGAGAGGUCUGAGUGCAUCAAUAAGUUUGCGUCUGUGUUCGGAACCAUGCCGCUGAAAGUGGUGGAGCACCGGGCCGAUCCUGUCCUCUACAAGGACGACUUCCCCGAAAAACUCAAGAGCUUCCCCAACAUCGGCAGCCUCUGACCAGGGAGGGGCCGACUUCUUCCCUCCCCCCCUUAUUUUCUUUAGGUGAGGAAACCCGGCUUGACAGGCAGGUCGUCUGUCAUCUUCAGUGCCACACGGAGGGUGGAGGUGUGGGAGGAGGGGAGGUCCCUUUUGAUUUUCGGUUGCCUUUUGAUUUUUGUUUCUUGGUUUUAUUUCGUUAACGGUUCACGUGUGAACGGGAAGAGGAGACAGGUCUGCUCACUGUUUGAUCAGCGGAACUCACACUGGGAACGGGGAACAGAAAGAUUAUGUGAGGCGAACAAAAUUUGGUGUCAAUGAGGUGCCCAAACUGGGACCGCUGUUGUGUCAGUAUUGGAGCUCUCUGGAUUUUUGCCGCCCCUCAUGCCCUCUGGCUGUGCUGGAAUCCAUGUAUUCCAGCUCUGGACCUGGAUCAGUGGAGGCCCUUGUGGCCUCUGGCUGUUCUGGGAUCAGUGUUUUCCAGCUGCAGACCUGUAAGAACACAGAUCAUCACAAAGCAGGGGUUUAUCUGGUCCUUUAAAGGACCAGUUCUGCAGUUGGGCAGGAGUGUGUCUGAAAUUUGGGUGGGUGAUAUUGGGCCCUCAUUGGUUAAUUUUCAGGACUGAACUUACUUACUUAGUAUCCUGUUGCAAGCAUGACUCUUUCAACAAUGAACAGAGGGCAUUACCUUCAUAACUUUACUGUGAAUGAUGUCACUGCAGAACAAGAAUCAGAUGUUUUUUUUUUUUUUUUACUAGGUCAAGUUGAAGUUUAUCACUUCCUAAAACUAGACCAAAAAAUAGUUUUCCUUCCAAAAUACAGCUUGAGUCACACAAUGCAGCUCAAAGGUUGAUUGUGCAAGAGGCAAGGGACAGGCAGUGGAUGUAGCCUAAAUGUUGGGAAAAUGUUUUACAAUGUUGUAGAUGCGUUUUUCACAAAGUGUAUUUUGUUUAACGGGACAGGUUAAUUUUUGCAGUUGAAUGACCCUUGUGAUCUCGUGAUGCAGGAUGUAGCCAGGUAACAUCGGGACAUCAGGUAGCUGUACAUAAUUGUACAUUAAGUUGUAAUACUUUCCAUAAGAGGCCAAGCAUUUUGCUUUGGCGGUAUCAGCUGAUGAAAGCACUAGAGAAUCCAUACAAAACAUGUUAUGUCAAACUGCGAGUAGUCUUUAUGCCUGAUGGCAGUGUAACUUUACCCAGCAUACAUUUCAUGCACAUUGACAUUUGCGUUUUUAAGUUUUUAUUUGUCGUUUUAAUGAUGUCAAUAUUGUAUCUCUGCUGAUGUUUUCUUUUUUACUUUCAUAUACCGUUUUCUAAAUAAUAAAUUAGGUUGUGUCAAACCAUAGUUUCAAGAUUUUUUUUUUUUUUGCUUUCACUGUAUUUGUUCAUAGUGUUAAAUGAUAAAUUUACGAACAUUUCUGUUGCAUGGAACCACUACCAAGCAAAUACAUGAGUUCAUUGAACAGAGGUUUAAGUGACCAAACCUUAAAGACAGAGAAAAAUGCGUUUAACUUCCCAGAGGAAUGAACCUUGGAAAAAAAGCAGUGACAUUGUUUUGACUGCCGUACCCUGGAACACAAGAUAAGCUGGUCAGAAGGUGUCAGUGACAGGUUAGAUAUUGC